UCAUUAACCUACUACCAAAAUACUAGAGCAAUAAUAUCUAAUAAGUAUUAGGAAGCUGCUACUUGCGUUGAUCUGAGAAUCUCUGCAAAGAGCUCUCUUCCGAGACGACACUGAGGUGUGUUUGUGAACUUUUCAAUUUCGCCAAAGAAUAAAAAAAUGUGGCCUUUUUGGUGGAAAGGAGCAUCUGGAUUCUCAGCUCACUCCACAGCUGAACAAGUCACUCAUGGAAUCGACGGUACUGCUCUCACCGCAAUCAUCACAGGAGCAUCAAGUGGUAUUGGAGAAGAGACUACGCGAGUUCUUGCUCUUCGUGGUGUUCAUGUCGUAAUGGCUGUGAGAAACACAGAUUCUGGUAAUCAAGUCAGAGCAAAGAUACUUAAGGACACACCUGAAGCUAAGAUUGAUGUUAUGAAGUUAGAUCUUAGCUCAAUGGCUUCCGUCAGGAGCUUUGCAUCAGAAUUCAAGUCCUUGGACCUUCCAUUGAAUCUUCUCAUUAAUAAUGCAGGGAUCAUGGCAUGUCCCUACACGCUCUCAAGCGACAACAUUGAGUUACAGUUUGCAACCAAUCAUUUGGGUCAUUUUCUGUUGACGAACCUUCUUCUGGAUACGAUGAAGAAAACAGCUAAUGAAAGCAAUACUGAAGGUAGAAUUGUCAUUCUCUCAUCGGAAGGUCAUCGAUAUGCUUACCGGGAAGGGAUUCGGUUUGACAAAAUAAAUGACGAAGCAAGUUACAACACUUUGCAAGCGUAUGGUCAGUCAAAGCUCUGUAACAUAUUGCACGCAACUGAGCUCGCUAGGCUGUUCAAGGAACAAGGUGUGAAUAUCACUGCCAAUUCACUUCAUCCCGGAUCCAUCAUGACCAAUCUUUUGCGCUACCACAGCUUCAUAAAUACACUUGGAAACGCUGUGGGCAAGUAUGUGCUUAAAAGUAUCCCACAGGGAGCCGCAACUACAUGUUACGCAGCGCUGCACCCGCAAGCAAAGGGAGUGAGUGGGGAGUACUUGAUGGACAACAACAUAUCUAGCCCGAAUUCUCAGGGUAAAGACACAGAUUUGGCCAAGAAACUGUGGGAGUUUAGUUUGAGUCUAACUGGUGAAGAAGAAUUAUAGAUUUGUUUGCAAAGUAGAGUCCUAAAGAAAAGAGAUCUGGUUUAAAUGUGGGACUAUGUAAGGAUAUGCUGGUUCAGCUGUGAAGACAAAUAUUAUCCUUUCAUUUGAAUAAAAAAGUUCAGCUGUGAAGACA